AUGGAGACCUUACCAAACCAUCCACUAAUAGAAGUCACAAGUGAUGACGUCACAAAGGCGAGGGAAUUUUACGAAAUAAAUGACGUCACAAGGAUAAAACAAAGUUUAGAUACGAUUUAUGAGUGGUGCAAUAAGCAAGAUCAUUUGGUAAAUGCAUUGAAAGUUAUGGGUAAGAAUUCCUCAAUAGUUAACAAAAAAUCAGACCACAAUAAAGUUGCUGUGGCAAUUUUGUCUUUAACGGAUAUUGAAUUUAUCCAGAGGAUCGGUAGGAAACAUCAGUCAGGGACCACCAUGCAAUUUAUUACAGGUAGGAAUGAUGCCAUGGAACUGGCUCUGAAUAAGAGUGUUGAAACAUUAUAUGUGCCGCUCCCAAAGCUGCAUAAAGUAGAUCAGUCCAGAGUGAUGGUGACGCAGUUUCUCUCCGAAAAACUCGACGCGUUCAGCUUAUUGUCAUACUUUCGUUAUGCAUUCAUGAUCGGUGAAUACAGACUGCACUACGACUAUUGUCUAUCUGAACGAUAUAUAAUCGAUUUGACUAAUAUACAUGUCGGCCUUGUUACAAAAGUCAACCCAAUGGUGGUAAAAAAAGCAGAAGUGUUGUGUACGGAAGGUUUUGGAACUAAAAUAAAAGGCAUCCACCUAUUGAACGCACCACCAUUCGUCGAUAAAAUCGUAUUUCUAAUAAAACAAGGUUUGAAGGAAAAGGUUGCCAGUCGACUCCAUGUCCACAACUCCUACGCCGACCUACACAAACAUAUUCCUAAGGAAAUUCUUCCAAAAGACUUCGAUGGGGAUGGUCCAUCAUUAAUAAAAUUAGCAGAGCAAUGGAAAGAAACACUAAAAACUGAAGAAGCAAAGAAAAUAAUUAAAGACAUGGACCAGUUGGUGGCCGAUGAAUCUCGUAGAAGCUCAUCAAAAUUUAACGAGGAAUACUUAGGGAUGCCAGGGUCAUUUAGGAAAUUAAAUGUAGAUUAG